UCUCUCUCUCUCUCUCAGAAGAAUAUCAUCAGCAAAAAUUUAACUGGUUUAAAUGGCUACUGCAGAGCAAUUAGCUUAUGUACGCAAUUAAAUAUAAAAGUCACUGUUAUUUGAUGGUGAUGUGGUGAAUAAUCUGCCAUUGAUCAAAAUAUUGAUUUUGAAGUAAUUAAAAAUGAUAGUUUUGAGAAUAUGUUUGACGAAGACAGCGAUGGUAAUUAUUCUGCUCAAUUUGAACCCUUCUAAGUUUCAAAAGGACUUAUAUACAGCAGGCGCUGAGGGUCAAGCCGCUGGACCAUCUCUGGAUUACAUGAUACAUCUAAACAUGAUCAUGAAUCAGCCACACUUACAGCCAGAAGAGGACAUUUACACAGCCCGUGAUGAAAUACCACAACCCUCAGCACCACUGGAUAUUGCUAAGUUUAAAAUCAAAGUAGACUGGAUGGAAGCAUUUCCAGAGAGAUGGAGAGCAAGAUUACAGAUAGCCCUUCAGAGGUGGUUGUCCAGACUGGAAGGUAAACCAUCUGUCCACAGCGUUAAACUCAUGGAAGAUCCAUCCUGUGCAGAAGUGCAGAUAACACCUUCAACAGCUCUAAAAGUUCUAACAUAUCACAGAACUGCAUCUCUUAAGUUUAAAGGUUAUAAGGAUGGAAAAGAUAAAGAAGUGACUGCGCAGAUUUAUCUAGAUGAAGCACAUUUUGUGAGUGUAACACAAAAGUCCUUGCUGGAGGAGAACAAAGCUCCAUCAUCAAAGGUGAACAGCGCUGAACCUCUGACUUCAGCAGUGUCAGAAGACACAAACACUAGUGAGGAUGUUGCUGCAGCUAACAGAGCUUCAAAUGAUGCUGAGAUCACAAAAACAUUUAAAAUGACACAUGAGACCUCGUCUGGACUCACUGUUCCCCUCCAUCAGUUCUGGUACCUGCUUCAUGCUUACAGAAAGGAGCUGGAGCUAAUUGAGAAACAACAUGGAGUCUCUAUGGAAGCAGAAGUGUCAGUCUCAUUCAAAUCCACCCAGAAAUCAAGCAGUGAUUCUGUCUCCAAAGCCUCUUUAGACUUUCAGAAACUUGCAACUGAAUGUGUGGGGAGUUUUAGUGAUGCUUACAUUAAUCAUAAUGACAUGGAUUCAGAGGCUGUGAAGGAGGCCCUUUGUAACAUCCAGUCAGAGAAGACAAAGAUGAUGUUAACCAUGUCUGCCCAGUGACUGCCGGUUCUUUGGACGCGAAGAGAUUUACAGA